AUGAAAAGCCUCCAUUACCGUUUCCCCUUGGUGGUGGUCCUACUGGUUUCGCUUGUCGUUGGAGGAUGCUGCGCCCAUGACUAUGGGGACGCACUUGACAAGUGCUUGUUAUUUUUUGAGGGGCAAAGAUCUGGAAAGUUGCCAGCAUCUCAAAGAAUGACAUGGCGGAAGGAUUCUGCCCUACAAGACGGUCGAUACCUCGGUGUUGAUUUGGUUGGAGGCUACUAUGAUACUGGAGACAAUGUCAAAUUUGGUUUCCCCAUGGCUUUCACAACAACAGUAUUAGCAUGGAGCAUCAUUGAGUUUGGCAAAGAGAUCGGUGAACAGUUGGAUCAUGCGAAGGAGGCACUGAGAUGGGCCACCGACUACUUGCUCAAAGCGACAUCCGAAACCAACAAGAUCUACAUCCAAGUUGGUGAUCCAUAUGCUGAUCAUAACUGCUGGGAGAGGCCAGAGGACAUGGAUACUCUCCGGACGGUCUAUGCAGUCGAUACUAAUAAACAUGGCUCUGAGGUUGCGGCUGAGAUGGCUGCUGCGCUUGCAGCUGCCUCGAUUGUCUUCAAAUCAUCUGAUCCCUCCUACUCCAACAUGCUUUUGGAAAGAUCCUACCAGGUUUUCGAUUUUGCGGAUAAAUACCGGGGUUCAUACAGCGACAACAGCAGCCUUGGCGUAUGGGUGUGCCCCUUUUAUUGUGAUGGGAAUGGCUAUGAGGACGAGCUAGUUUGGGGUGCAGCAUGGAUAUACAAAGCCUCCAACAACACUUGGUACUGGAACUACGUGAUGGAGAACAUUGGUCAGUUAGAAAGCCAGGAGUUUGGGUGGGAUAAUAAGGAAGCAGGCAUCCGUGUGCUAAUCUAUAAGGAUCUAAUCGCAAGUAAUGACUCGAAUUCAAAUGACUUGAUCGCAAAGGCUGAGGAUUUUGCAUGCGCGGUGCUGCCAGAAUCACCUUGGAAGAAUGUAAACUACAGUGCAGGUGGCCUUCUCGUCAAGCCGGGAGGGAGCAACAUGCAGAACGUAGCGGCACUGUCUUUUCUCCUUCUCGUAUUAGCCCGCGAUCUUAGCUCUCAAAACAACUUCGUUAGGUGUGAUAGCGCAGUGGCUUAUCCCAACAGGCUUGUAGAGGUAGCCAAAAGUCAGACGGACUACAUGCUCGGCAGCAACCCAUUACAGAUGUCCUACAUGGUGGGGUAUGGCCAAAAGUUCCCUCAGAGGAUCCAUCAUCGUGGCUCAUCCCUGCCAUCGAUCGAUCAGCAUCCCGGCCGCAUUGGUUGCCAAGAUGGGAAGCCGUACUUUGAGAGCGAAGGGGCCAAUCCCAACUUGUUGGUAGGGGCCAUAGUCGGAGGGCCCAAUAUCACUGAUGCCUACGCUGACUCCAGAUCUGAGUUCGUGGAAUCAGAGCCCACCACUUACAUCAAUGCUCCCAUGGUGGGCGUUUUCGCUUAUUUUAAGGCCAAUGGGUGA